UUGCACACGCUGUCUCUCUCUCUCUCUCUCUCCCAGAAUAUCUCAAUCGUUCAAUGGGUGGGGAGGGUAAGCAACCAAAAUCGUCAGCCGCUGAAGAGCUGCUGAAGCGGCUGGAUAAAGGGCUUGUACCAGAUGAGGAGAUCAGGAGGCUGGUCAGAGUCGAAAUAGCAAGACGUCUCAAAUGGGGUAACAAACCUACAUAUGAGGAGCAGCUAGCCCAAGUCCUUCAUUUGGUUAAGUCUCUUAAAAAAAUGAAGCUCGCAAAGGAGAUUGAAACACUGGACACCAAGUUGUAUGAGAUACCCAUGGCUUUCCUCAAGUUAGUCUUCGGAAAGGCUCUCAAGGAGAGUUCCUGUUACUUUAAGGAUGAAUCGGUGACACUGGAUGAGGCUGAGAUCGCAAUGCUUGAUCUAUGCUGUGAAAGGGCACAAAUACAAGAUGGUCAAACCAUCCUUGAUCUUGGUUGUGGACAAGGACCAUUUACUUUACAUGUUGCUCAGAAGUAUAAAAAUUGCCAUGUUACAGCUGUUACCAACUCGAUCACUCAGAAAGACUACAUAGAGGAGCAAUGCAAGAACCUUCAGCUAUCAAAUGUUGAGGUUAUAUUAGAAGAUGUAACAAAGCUCGAAACAGAGGCUACAUUUGAUAGGAUAAUAGCUAUUGGAUUACUCGAGCAUAUGAAGAACUUUGAGUUAUUUCUAAGAAGAGUAGCCAAGUGGAUGAACCAUGACAGCCUUCUUUUUGUGGAACAUGUAUGCCAUAAAACCUUGGCUUAUGAGUACGAGCUUAUUGAUGAUGAUGAUUGGUACACGGACUAUAUGUUCCCUGCUGGGACAUUCAUCAUGCCAUCAGCCUCACUUCUUCUAUAUUUCCAGGAAGAUGUGUCAGUUGUCGACCAUUGGAUUUUCAACGGGAAGAAUUUUGGACUCGCCAUGGAAGAAUGGUUGAAGAACUUGGACUCUAAUAUGGAUGAGAUAAAGAAAAUAUUGGAGUCUUCCACUGGCAGCGAGGAAGAGGCAAUGAAAAUGAUAAUCCAUUGGCGAAAUUCUUGCAUGGUCGGAAGCCAGCUAUUCUUGUAUAAUGAUGGGGAAGAAUGGAUGGGUUCUCAUGUUGUCUUUAAGAAGAAAUGAUUUUGAGACUGUAGUUGAAUGGGUAAUAUUACUGAGUUAAAUAAUCCGGGUGGUGCAGUUGAAUAAGCAAUUCAUUGUAUUAGAGCCAGCCCAUAUUGGGCUCAUUAGAGUCCACUUGUAUUGUAGACGCUACAAUCUUUUAUAAAUAAUAUUUUUGUAUUAGGGUUGCAGUAA